AGUUAUAGUAUAGAAUAGUAAUAGUAAUAAUAGACACGUUAUGGCACCCAGAAAGAAAUUCGAUAAGAAGAAUGCUACCACAUUCAACAUAGUGCAUAGAGCACACGACGAUGCAUUGUUUUAUGAUGAUGAAGCCUCUCCUCAUGUGUUAGUACCAGCAGCUCAGAAAGGUGGAAAAUCUCGUACUAUUAAAGAUAUCGAACAAAAGCUUACUAAAGAUGAACUUAAUACUAUAAGAGAUAAUGAAGGUCUUGCAGCCCAAUAUGGGAUUCUUUAUGAUGACUCCAAAUAUGAUUAUAUGCAACAUUUAAAGCCAAUAGGUGCAUCGGAAGAUGCAGUAUUUAUUGGAGCUAAAGAAGAUCCACAACAGAAACCUAAACAGAAUAUAGAAGAUUUAUUUAAAGAUCAACUACCUUCUCAACAGAAGAGAAAAGUUCAAGCCAAUUUGAGUGAAAAUAUCCCUAGAGAAUUACAAGGUUUUAAUCCGAAUUUAGAUCCAAGAUUAAGAGAAGUACUUGAAGCAUUAGAAGAUGAAGCAUAUAUUGGAGAUGAAGAAGAAGAUGUAGAUUUUGAUGAUUUAUUAAAGUCUGGAGAAGUAGAUGAUGAGGAAGAAGGAUUUUAUGAAGAUGAUUAUGAUGAGUGGGACCUUGAUAACUAUGAUGAUGAGUAUUAUGAAGGAGAAGACUAUAAUGAGAAUUAUCUGGAAGAAGAAGCAGCAGACAUGUAUAAUGAUGGAGAAGCACCAGCAGAUUUAGAAGGAGAGAAAAUAACGGUAAGUAACCAAUGGCAUAAUGAUUUCAUGAAAUAUAAGAACCAGACAAAAAAUGAUAAGAAUGACUGGGAUUCAGACGAUGAAUUUGAAGAUGAAGAAGAAGAAGGAGAUGCAUUACCAGAAUUACCUGAAAUUCAAAAAAAGAAAGUUUCAGGUACCAAAUUAAGAAAGAAGAAAGGUGCUAUGACUGAUACAUCAUCAUUUUCUAUGUCAUCAUCAGCAUUGUUCAGAACUGAAGGUUUAACAUUACUUGAUGAUCGUUAUGAACAACUCAAUAAGAAAUUCGAAAAGGAAGAUGAACAAGUAGAACAAGUAGGUGAGUUUGAUAUGAAGAAAGAAAGAGGAGAUUUAGAAGAUAUGUUAGAUGAUUUCCUUGAUAACUAUGAACUUGAAAGUGGAGGUAGAAAGCUUGCGAAAAAGAAUGAAGAGAUUAAAAAGAUUAAACAAGCUGCUGAGUCUGUUUCUAACAGUCGUAAGACACCUCGUAGUAAAGGAUUUAAUGCAGCAUUUGCUAGACUAAAUGUAUAAAUAGGUAGCUAUAUAUUUAUAUAUAAUAAAAUAUAGUAAAGUAACAAAAUAUAGUGAUAUUAUAAGUAGAA